UUCAUCAGUCCUUGAAUUGGUUUCAAAUACUAUAUAUUAAUCCUUCAUUUAUAUAUAUAUGGGUGCUUUCCGGGUACAUUCCUUGGUUUCAAAUUUGAAACAAAUGAUCAAAAUGCAGAACAAGCACCAAUCAGAUGUUCCUAAAGGACAUUUUGCAGUGUACGUUGGAGAAAGCCAAAAGAAGCGGUUUGUUGUGCCUUUAUCCUACUUGGACCAACCGUUAUUCCAAGAUUUGUUACGUAGGUCGGAAGAAGAAUAUGGAUUCAAUCAUCCAAUGGGAGGACUUACGAUUCCCUGUCAUGAAGAUGCUUUUGUGAGUGUUACUGCCCGACUCGAUCAGCGUUUCAUAGUUUACCAUGCAUAAAACUAGCUUAAUUUCGCCAUCUUCUAAAGAUUAUUUUUGCACCAUGAUUUUGUUUCUUUUGUCAUGUAGAGAAUGUUAUAGUUAUUGUCCUAAACAAUGUAAAA